UGCCAAAAGUUGUAAACAAAAAUAUGAAUUGAGAAGUGUUUCCUUGCUGGAAAACCUAUGUCAGUCUGUAGGUUUUUAUGAUAAUUUUCAAUGAGCAGUGACAUAUAAGUAUUUUUACGUUGUGAAUGAUACAUUUGCUGGCUCAUAUUAACACCGGUGCACCCUGAGCAUGGGGGCGUAGCAACGACUACUACUAGUACUAGCUAAUUACAAUGUAGUAGCUGACGACUGCUCCAUUCAGCAUGCGACCAUCUUCUGAUCUUUGCAAAAGGCCUGCGGUUUUUCAUAUAUGUUGUCUGCUCUGCUGCUGGUGAAUAAAUGAUGAUCAUGAGCAGACCUGAAUUACCUAGAUUUGAGGCCAGUGCCCACAGACAGUAUGUAUAAGAGGUAUCUGUUUGGAGAUGGUCCUAACCCUAGCCAGGUACCUGCUGAAUCGAAACCGCAACAUACAAAGCAGGAGACAGUAGCACAGUCUGAUGAAAAUAGUGUGACACACACUGUCACAAAAUGCUGGCAAAAAGCAGAGCAAUCUUGUGAGAGUAUUGGGGAAAGAAAUGUUUCUAUCACUGAGAGUCCUAGAGAUACAAGAAACCUUUCUUCAUGGAAAACAGUCCGUGUCUUCGUCUCUUCAACAUUUACUGAUUUCUUCAAUGAAAGAGAAAUUCUUGUCAAAAAGGUGUUUCCUGAGCUGCGUGAAUGGUGCGAGGAGCGAUCUCUAUAUUUGGUGGAGUGUGACCUUCGCUGGGGUGUACCCAAGGAUUCCACCACAUCAGACACGAUUUACACCUGUAUGGAGGAGAUAGAUCGAUGUCAUUCAGAAAAUGAGGGCACACCUUUCUUUAUAAACCUCACAGGAGAAAGGUAUGGCUGGGUCCCAUCCGUGAAAGAAGUUCCUUCAGACAUCUGCAGUCAGUAUGACUGGAUCAAUGGCACAUCAAUCACCUUCAUGGAGGUCAUGCAUGGAGCUUACAGGAAACAAAAUCCAAAUGCUGCAUUUUUCCUUCGGAAUGGGGAUUUCUGUAAGGACCUUCCACAUGAAUACCACAGAAGAUUCAUAGACACUGAGCCAGUAAAAAAAGAACAUCUGAGGGUCCUAAGAGAGAAGCUAAGAGCCAGGUUUCCAGAUCAGGUGUUUCCCUACUCCUGUGAAGUGGAAGGUGUCACUGCAGAAUCUGGAAGGGAAAGGAUAAAACUUAAAGGAUUGGAGGACUUUUCAGAAAAGGUACAAGAUUUUCUACGGAAAGCUAUAAUGCGAACCUACCCAGAUCAGAAGGCUGUAAAGAAUCCAGACCCAGAGCUACAAGAAAUGGAGAAUCAAUGUCUGUACAUGGAGAAAAAGUCUGAAUUUGUUGCGGGUCGAGAAGAUCUACUGAAGUUAAUGCUGAGUUAUGCAAAGGGUGACUCCAUGGAUGGAUUACAGCUAUCAGGUGGAAAUGACAAGUCGUUUGUCAGAGAUCCCGGUUACUGGGGACUAGAGAAGGGAGACAAUCCUGUCCUGUGUCUGAGUGGACCUGUGGGAUAUGGCAAAUCUACAGUAAUGGCAAAACUUGUAUGGAAUGCUGUGAAGGCUGGCAUACCUGUGGUCUACCAUUUUGUUGGAUGUUCUGUGGACAGCCGGCAGACAGAGAAGAUGUACCGACGAAUCCUCAAAGCCAUUACUGGGGAGAAACUGGAUGACAUGCCCCCUGAGGAACAGGAUUGUAUGAAGUUUUAUAAGGACAAGUUCCGUGACUGUCUUCCUAGACUGAGAGAAGAAGGCAAGGCCAUUCUAGUGAUCAUUGACGCAAUAAAUGAGUUAGUAGACAAUAAUGCUUACAAUCACCUGUCAUGGCUGCCCCCAAUGCUGCCUGGGAAGGUUCGGUGUAUAGUCAGUACAGCAGACACACAUUUCCCCACCCUACACAGACUCCAGGAACAUCCAUUUUACCAUACAAGCAUGGCCGCCUUGACAACCGCUGACGCUCGACUCAUCAUUACCCAUAGACUGGCCAGAUUUAAUAAGACACUUGCUGAAGAUGAGCUAGACCUGGUCCUGUCACAGGAGUGUGUGGACAAUCCCCUGUGGGUGUGGCUCAUUACAGAAGAGCUACGCAUGUUUGGGGAUUUCCGGACAUUGUCUGCGAAGAUCAAGAGCGUCUCGGUCUCCGUUAGCAGUCUGCUGUCAUCUAUCAUCACACGGCUCAUGUCCGAUGAUGAAACUGGAUAUUUGAAAAAGGCUCUUUGUGUGAUUGCGUGUUCGCGGGGCGGAGUACCUGUACAUGACCUCACAAAUCUCCUUGGGGAUGUAAACCAGAAGGAGGCUCUCCCUGCUUUGUACUGGGCUAAGAUACGGCGCCACAUAAAGCCUUACAUGAGGACAGUCGGUACACGUGAAUACCUUACAUUCAGCCACUCUGCCAUACACAAGGCUGUAGAGGACACACUGUUGACUUCUAGAGAAGAGAUUAAGACAUAUCAUGGCACAUUGGCAGAAUAUUAUCUCACGUGGAGCACAGACAAAUAUGUGAAUGUAGAGAUGGUUCCCUACCACUGUACUCAGGCUGGCCUCAGGAACAGGCUGAUCAACUUUCUACGCAAAUCUCCUGAUUCUAAUAGUAUGCCAGACUUUGCAAGAGCCAGGUAUCUACAGAACCUGCGAUGCAAGAAUUUAGCUGAUCCUGUAUUACCGAGUACCAUGGACGCUGUCAUCUGUAUGGCCUGUUCCAUGAAGAAAUCAUCCUUUGCUCCCCGUUUCUACGACAAUAAGACAUCCUGUGUUGUAUGUGGUUCACAGAUGAUAGGCAGUCAGCUCCAUAAAAACCCUGUCCGGGCCCAUUAUUGUAGCUUCCAUUCCGUAGGACACAGCUCGAGGAUGGGGAAAGUGCCAUGUCUGUAACAACGUUGUCACAAAAGAUCCAGAUGGAAAACAGAAAUUUGGUAUGGUGUAUGGACAGUUAUGUAAUAGAUGUAGCUUUGGAAAUGAUGCCAAAAAGUGUUGUAUGAUCUUGCCUGAUUAGUUGGUUGGUAAAUUAAUUAUUUAUACUGCUUUUCUAUGUCAUUGUAAUGUUUACGCACUUCAUAGUUCUGAUUGCAGAAAGUAGUUGAUCUUGCCUGAUUAGUUGGUUGGUAAAUUAAUUAUUUAUACUGCUUUUCUAUGUCAUUGUAAUGUUUACGCACUUCAUAGUUCUGAUUGCAGAAAGUAGUGUUAUUUUGAGAUGGUUUUACUUAUAUUUAUAUACUAGAAUUUUUUAUAAUAUACUUGUUUAUACAUCAGGUUUUUUUUGUAUCUAUUUUAAUAUAAUAUCUUUUUAUUUAUAUUUGUUAAGAUGAUUAUGUAAUGAUUCCAUCUGUUGUCGAAUGAAUCUUACACCAUUCCGUCCUCCGAGUGAGUACAUAAUCAAUUGUCCAUUUUUAUUUCUUUUUUAUAUAUAUUUGUUUAGAUGAUUAUGUAACGAUUCCAUCUGUUGUUGAAUGAAUCUUACACCAUUCCGUCCUCCAGUAGGUACAUAAUCAGUUGUCCAUUGGAAAACCUCUUGCCUCAUUUAUAUAUAGCAAAAACUUAUCCCAAUCAACAAAACCUACAGUUCAAGUGGACAUUUAAGUUCACAACACCUCCUCUUUUUGUUGCGGAGUUGGCCUGGGAGUUAGGGGUGGAAUAUACUGAAAUGAUAUCUUGGAUAGAUUCAAGCUUCAGGUUGGGUCAAGGUCAAGGUCAGUGUUUCUAUUUUUAGAAAAUCAUUGUCACCUCUCUUGAGUCUUCAACCACAUGUAAAGGACCAUAAUAUCUAGAGGGGGCUGGUAGGGGACAUGUGAUACUCAAUAUGCUGUAUAGUUUGGUAGGUUGGUAACAAAUACAAUUUUUUAGAAAUUUUGAUAAUAAUUUAAAAAAAAAUUGAUAUUCUUAGAUUGUGAUAAUUAUAUCAGUGUUAUAAACAUAACAAUCAAUAAGCUGCCAUAUUGGAGAUGUAUUGUGAUGAAAGACAUAUGCCUUUACUAAUAAGAUUGUAGUAAUUAAGAUCGUUACUGUAGAGUUUAAUUGGAAAAAUAAUUUGUUAUCCAACACUUUUGUCAAGUGUUUUUAACUUGCAUUAAUUAUCUUUAAAAAAUGUUUUGCCCUAUUUCAACAAAGUGAUACAUGUUUCAGAAACACUUUUUUUCCAGAAACAUUUUUUUUAUUUCUAAAAAACAGAUUUGUUGUUUAUGUAUCGUUUCUGGAUUUUAUGUUUGUUUACUGUAAUAUUUUAUCUGUUUACUGUAAUAUAUUAUCUGGUAUUAAAUUUUUAGCUGCCUUAUUAAUAGUAUUCUAUGCUGUUUCUGUUCUAGUUUAUUGUUACCAUGACGAUAUUCAUGUUAGAUGGUUCAUUUCUGUGACAAACAUUUUUUAUGCUAUUUCUGUUCAGGUUUAGUUUCCAUGAUGUUCAGAGCUAUUUCUGUUCUAAUUGUUGUUCCGAUGAUGAUAUAAGUGUAUGUUAUUUCCUAUUUUUUUUUCUAAUUCCUAGUUGCCAUGGUGAUAAUUGCUGUUUCUCUUCAUUUCCAAAUUCCUAUGGUGAUACCGGGUAAACAUGUUAUUUGCUGUUUCUGUUCAAUUUGAAGUUCCUCUGGUGAUUAUACAUUACCAGGUACAUGUAUUUGCUAUUUCUGUUCAAUGAAUUCCUAGUUGCUAUGGUGAUAUGUUAUUUGCUAUUUCUGUUCAAUGAAUUCAGUUGCUAUAGUGAUAUGUUAUUUGCUAUUUCUGUUCAAUUCCUAGUUGAUAUGAUGAUAUACAUGUUAUUUGCUAUUUCUGUUCAAUGAAUUCCUAGUUGCUAUAGUGAGAUGUUAUUUGUUAUUUCUGUUCAAUGAAUUCCUAGUUGCUAUAGCGAUAUGUUAUUUGCUAUUUCUGUUCAAUGAAUUCCUAGUUGCUAUAGUGAGAUGUUAUUUGUUAUUUCUGUUCAAUGAAUUCCUAGUUGCUAUAGUGAGAUGUUAUUUGCUAUUUCUGUUAAAUUCCUAGUUGAUAUGGUGAUAACCUGUUAUUUGCUAUUUCUGUUCAAUUCUCAGUUGCUGUGGUGAUAUAAAUAUAUGUUACGUGCUAUUUCAGUUAAUGUUCUUGUUGCUAUGGGUGAUAAACAUGUUGUUUGCUAUUUCUGUUCACUGGCUAUUUCCAUUGAUGUUUAAAUAUUAUUUGCUAUUUCCGUUCAAUGGCUAUUUCCAUUUAUGUUUAAAUAUUAUUUGUUAUUUCUGACGAGAUUUUAGUACCUUUAGUGAUGCGUAUGUUAUCUUUUGCCUAAAAUAUGUAAAAAUACAUCUAGUGAAAUUGUUUUACAUUAGGUCACUCAGAUAAGUAAUGUGUUUUGGUCAUAUGAUGUGAGAUAUUACUGGACUCUCUAUGUUUGUGUAACAUAUUUAAAUUAUGACAAAAUUACUAUAAUAUAUUAAAUGAUAGAAAAUAUACACUAAUGAAGAUAUAACACGAGAAUUAAUACUGUAGUUUUUCAGAAUUGUAAAUGGAAACUACCCAUGGAUGACGGGGAAUCUCUAAUUAUCCACAGAAAAUAUGGUUAUAAGCAUAAGCAAACUGGCCUGUUUUGAAGAAUGGUAGACUGGCGAUCAAAGCCAUGCAUCAGAAGACCGAAGUUAAUCAGACGUACUGGUUACUGGCGUGAAGGCAAAUAGAAGAAUAGGGUAAAGUCAAAACAUUAUCUUCUCAGAGUCAAUGUGAGCCUGUCAAGACAAAAAUUAAAAAUAGGUUAAACCUGAAAAGCCACCAUGAAUUGGCAGUGAAACUUCUCAGCAUUUGAUAAACAACCCCAUGCUUUUCUGUUUAUCACCUAGGGAUGUAACAUGGUGUACGCAUAGUUGGUUCACGUUCUAUUGGACCAAACUGAGGAGAAAUUAAAUAAAGAUUAACCCAUAGGGGAUUAUGAAGUUGAAAUUGAUAAUGUUUUAUAUCUAUAAACAAAAACAUAGAGAGCCUUAAAAAGGAUUUUGCAGGUCUAUCAAAGGGUUUGAGAGGAGUUCCUUAUGAUUUUGUUCUCAGGAUAUCGUCUAGUAAUCUAAGAUAAUUUAGAUUUUGAAGACGACUAAUAUAUAGCAGGUAGAUCUUGCAUUUUAAACAUGGUUUGUACAUUUUACCAAUAGCUUUGAAUAACGAGUGGGCUAUACAGGCCCAAUAAACCUUCUAGCCUGUGAUACAGUGAUGUAUAUUUAUAAUCAAAAUAAAGUUGUGAUUUUUA